AUGGACCGACUUCCGCCGUACCGACCCGUCAAUCAUGAAAUCCCUUUGAUCGACCCGAACAAGAAGGUCAAGCCCAAGGUCUAUCCCCUUGCCGACAAAUAUCGUAGCCAGUGGGCGGAACAUUCAACUAAGUACACUCGUGGUCGCUUCUGGGUUUUGGGUCCGAUCGAUUCGGCAGCUCCGGUCUUUGCCAUCCCGAAAAAGAAUUUGCAGACCGCCCGCUUUGUCAUCGACCUCCGUGCUCGCAACAGCAACACCGCCAAGCAUUUUUCGCCCAUCCCCGACAUGACCAGUGUUCGGUACGAGGUGGCUCGCUCGCGCUAUCGGUCCAAAUUCGACGUGGCCGCAGCGUUUGAGCAGGUGCGGGUCAUACCCGAGUAUUCGAUCAACUCUACUACGUCAGCGAUGUAG